AUGCGUCGUUUCUUCCAGAGGUACUCGAUCCCUGCCGUCGCACGUCUUGCGUCGUCAGUGGCAGGUGCUGCUUCGUGUGCGACGAAGAUGCCCACUGCCGCCCCUGGACAUAAGUCUUUCUUCAAGGCGACUGAGAUGAUUGGCUACGUGCAUUCCAUCGAUGGCACAAUUGCCACCCUGGUUCCUGCUCCAGGAAACCCCGGUGUCGCUUACAACACGAUUAUCAUGAUCCAGGUCAGUCCCACAACUUUUGCCGCUGGACUUGUUUUCAACUUGGAGAAGGACGGCCGCAUUGGUGUCAUUCUGAUGGACAAUAUCACUGAUGUGCAAUCCGGACAGAAGGUGAUGGCCACGGGCAAGCUGCUGAGCAUUCCCGUCGGUGCGGGGGUGUUGGGCAAGGUUGUAAAUCCACUAGGCCACGAGGUGCCGGUAGGAUUGUUUACACGCAGCCGUGCACUGCUCUUAGAGGAGCAGAUGGUAGGUAAGGUCGAUGCUGGUGCACCCAACAUUGUUUCGCGCUCUCCUGUAAACUAUAACCUCUUGACUGGUUUUAAGGCUGUCGACACGAUGAUUCCCAUCGGCCGCGGUCAGCGUGAACUAAUUGUGGGCGAUCGCCAGACGGGGAAGACGUCCAUCGCGGUGUCGACAAUUAUCAAUCAAGUGCGUGGGAAUCAGCAGAUUCUGUCAAAGAAUGCUGUUAUUUCCAUCUACGUGUCCAUCGGUCAGCGCUGUUCCAACGUCGCGCGCAUUCACCGUCUGCUUCGGUCAUAUGGAGCACUGCGUUACACCACCGUUAUGGCCGCUACCGCGGCCGAACCGGCCGGGCUGCAGUACUUGGCGCCCUACUCAGGCGUGACCAUGGGCGAAUAUUUCAUGAACCGUGGCCGUCACUGCCUGUGCGUAUAUGACGAUCUAUCGAAGCAGGCUGUUGCGUACCGUCAGAUAUCGCUGCUACUGCGCCGCCCGCCUGGCCGCGAAGCGUACCCAGGUGAUGUCUUCUAUCUUCACUCUCGGCUGCUGGAGCGCGCUGCUAUGCUUUCGCCGGGCAAGGGUGGAGGCUCCGUUACUGCGUUGCCCAUCGUGGAGACGCUGUCCAACGACGUGACAGCUUACAUUGUAACCAACGUCAUUUCCAUCACAGAUGGUCAAAUUUACCUCGACACAAAGCUGUUUACGGGUGGCCAGCGUCCGGCUGUGAACAUUGGCCUUUCGGUAUCUCGUGUUGGCUCAUCGGCCCAGAAUGUUGCGAUGAAGGCUGUAGCUGGCAAGUUAAAAGGUAUCUUGGCAGAGUAUCGCAAACUUGCAGCCGACUCUGUCGGCGGGAGCCAAGUCCAAACAGUGCCCAUGAUCCGAGGAGCGCGCUUUAUUGCGCUUUUCAAUCAGAAAAACCCUUCGUACUUCAUGAAUGCCUUAGUGUCGUUAUAUGCAUGCUUGAACGGUUACCUUGACGAUGUAAAGGUGAACUAUGUCAAAUUCUACGAGUACCUACUUGUGACCAAAGACCUCAGCAUCAUGUACGGUACUGCAACCAACAAGUUUUUCUAUAUGUAUGUGCACCAACUAAACUAUGUGAUCCGGUUCUUUACACUGAACCAUCCCGUGCUGAACGCCGAAGUGGAGGAGAUGCUGAAGCAGCACACACAUUUAUUCCUGCAGCACUACCAGUCCAAGAUGAAUGCGAUCAAGAACGAGAAGGAGGUGAAGGCACUUAAAAAUCUGCUCUACUCCUGCAAACGGGCGGUGUAA